GUCCUUGACAAUUUAGCUACCUUAUCAUCAAGUCUACUGGCACCUGACCUAUGCAGAGGACACUUGCUGUUGACACGAUUUUAGGUGCGACGCUCUUCUUUCUUCUUCUACGUAAAGGCUCUCGCGCCCAAUAGCUGGCCACGGAACCUGGCAUUCGCCAAGCAACACGCCACGACGCGGCAGGCAGCAUAAAGCCAGCAGCCUCGAACGUUUCUUUCUAUCGUCAAACUCGCACCGCUGUGCUCAACAAGUUUAAAACUGUGCAACUCUAAGCUUUAUCAUGAUGUCUUUGGUACCUCGAAACUCUACAAGCCCUAACGGCAACGAUAUGUUUAAUUAUCGUAGCCGCUUCGAGCGAUUUCGCAGUCUGGACGAGGAAAGAAAUAGACUAUUUGAGGAAGCAAUUGAAAAGUUAGAGCAGGCUACCAGGCAAUUGGACUAUGUGACGACUGUUCAGAUGCCUGAGCAGGAAGCUCACUUCCUUGCCCAGAUCCAUGAACUCAAAGUUGAUCUUCAGGAUCAGAAAGAUAGUCGUCGGCGUUACCAGGCUAAAUCGCAGCAGUUGGAGGAUCAAAUUGAUUACAAGCUCUCUACCAUGGACAAGGCUCGCUUCGUAUCUGUGUUGAUCGAUGCAGACGCCGAUAUAUACUAUUUCACCAAUAACCUCUUGUCUCAGGGGCUCAAAGGUGGCCAACUCGCCGCAGAUAUGCUCAUAGAGAAGGCCAGAGAGCAUUUGGUAUCCCUCGGGCCAUCAUUUAAAGAUGCCAUGACUAUCCCCAUCAUGGUCAAAGCUUAUGCCAACUUGGGUGGAUUGACGUCACACCUACGAGAUAUCGCUAGUCCUAAAGAGAUAGUCCAAUUCUGGAUCGGCUUCUCACAGAGAAGUCCAUUUAUUGAUUUUGUGGAUGUGGGAUCCGGCAAGGAAGCGGCUGAUAAUAAGAUUAGAGAAGUCCUCAGAUUCAACAUUGAUAGUCCACAGUGCGAGCACAUCUUCCUGGCAUGCUCGCACGACGGAGGUUAUGUCCCUGUAUUGAGUCCUCAUGCAGGACGGGCUUCGGGAUCAAAGCUACGAAUUACUUUGGUGUCAUCGGGUCCGGGCUCUGUUCACCCUUUGAUUGCAGAUCUAGGAUUCCGCGAGACAGACAUUUUUAAGCCACUUUUCAGUCAGAGCGAAUCUCAACGCGUUGUCGAGUGGGCCAAGUCAAAUACUAAGACAGUCGAAGCACCUCCACCUCGUACUUCUACUGCCCCUGUGGUGAUUCCGAGCGAAGCUCCAGCGCCAUUCACGUGGACAACUAAAGCUAAGCUAUCAACUACCACUGAGGCUGUAUCCUCCGCACAGGUUACCCGAAACCAAUCGCCAGUGCAAAAGAAAGGCACAAAACAGGAAUACCCAUUCAAUCCCGAGCAAAUCGACUUUACCGGCGAAUAUUUCGUCGCCAAUGCCGGACGAUUGAUUCCGGAGAAGGACGAUGAAGGAUAUCGUAUUAAGGAUAACAAAUUAAUUAUCGAUCCUCGCGUAGACUCUGACUUGAUCGCCAAGAUGAAGGACAAGAACAUCUGCUCCUGGCACUACCUCAGAUCGGACCACAAUAUUCCCCAAUGCAAGCGCAAGCAUGAAGGCUACCCUCGCCCACUAUCAGCAAGAGAAUAUGAUGCAUUGUGGUUUCUUGCUAGGUUGGGGUACUGCAAGAAGAUGAAGACCGAUGGGUAUUGCACUGACGACUACUGCAUUUAUGGCCACGACAGCAAAUACUCUCACAACUAA